AUGGCUUCAGUGACUGAUGGUAAAACUGGAGUCAAAGAUGCCUCUGACCAGAAUUUUGACUACAUGUUCAAACUGCUUAUCAUCGGCAACAGCAGCGUUGGCAAGACCUCCUUCCUCUUCCGCUAUGCUGAUGACACCUUCACCCCAGCCUUUGUCAGCACUGUGGGCAUCGACUUCAAGGUGAAGACAGUCUACCGUCAUGAGAAGAGAGUAAAGCUACAGAUCUGGGUGAGUCUUGGGCAUCUUGGGCAGGAGAGGUGA